AUGCUCGGAUCAAGUAUGGAUCAGAUCCCUCUCACGACAAGCGAUAGGUGUGGUGAAUUCUGGGACUCGCAAAAUGCGUGGCUAUCACCUUGUGCCUUGCCGUACCUGGCCUGCAUCCCGGCAAUCUUUGUAUUGAUUGUGGCGUUAAACCAUUCACUUGGAUACUUUUUAAGGUGGCGCCCGAAGUGGACAGUUCCUUUUAUUUCAGAGCUUCGUGAUACUUGUGACUUUUCAUUAGAGGCGCCUAAACAGCCGCUGCGAUGGACUGUUGUCCUUCUUUUCUGUUCGGUUGUUGGUCUCUUAGCUGAGACUGUUCAAUUCGUGCCUCCGCAUAUCGAUGCGUCAGCUUUUGUCCUUGUUAUUUCAUGGGCUACUGCAACGAUUCUGAUCGCCACCAAGCGACCGAGGUCAUGUCCAAUUUCAAUGCUUGUAUAUUACGUCUUUGCAUUUGCAAUUGAGCUUUCGUUGGCUGCUCGCCCGGAGGUGUACUCAAAAUUCAAGACCGUCGCUAGGUUCAUUGCCGCCGGCGCAGCGGCUACAGCUUGCCUGACUAUCCUGUUGAUGCCAUUCCGAGAGCAAUCCCUUCAGCGAUGUGAUAUCAGCGCUGUUGGUCAACAGCCCUCUAGUGAAUUCCGCACGCCGGAGGAUAAUCUGAAACUUUGGCAGUUCUUGACUGUGUCUUGGAUGGCACCACUCAUUUCGACUGGAGGCAAAAGACAACUCAAUGAACAGGAUGUCUGGCAACUUGGAUUUGAAUUUCAGCAUAGACGGCUGCAUGAGAAAUUUCGCCGUCUUAGGGGGUCUGUCGUUAGUCGAUUGCUGAGAGCAAAUGGAAUUGAUGUCUUUAUCAUCUCUACCAUUUCAACCAUUCAGAUGAUAUGUGAAUUUUCUACCCCAGUGCUGUUGCAGCAACUGCUACAAGCUAUGAGUGAUCCCCGGCGACCAAAGCGUGUACCUUUGACCUAUGCGCUUUUGUCAUUUGCUCUGAGGCUAGUUGCAGCGCAAUCGCAGGUACUCCUUCUGUGGUAUGGUCGACGAUGCUAUGAGAGAUCGCGUGGUGAAAUGAUCAUGAUGGUCUAUGAAAAGGCCUUAUCAAGGAAGAAUGUUGUGGGACUGAUGGUUGAAGGCAAGCCAGAGGACCUCAAUGGAGAGGCGAAUGAAGCUGGAGAUGAAACUUCUCUCCAAGAGGAACAAACAUCUCCAACCAAAGAAGGGACAAGCUUUUGGCAACGCCUCAUAAAAAAGAGAGUCAAAAAAGAUGAGCCGAAGAAAAGCAAGGAAGCAACCUCCCUGGGAAAGAUUUUCAAUCUUUUACGAGGAGAUGUCUACGAGGUCGCACAAAGAUUCUGGGAGGUCGACUCCUUGAUAGACAAGCCACUAGGACUUGUGAUUGCCACAGUCCUUGUAUGGAAACUCUUCGGUCCAUCUUGUUUCCUAGGCAUUUUGGCCGUUCUAGUUGCGCAGGCGGUAAACGCUUUAAUAACCAGGGCACUGCUACGAUGGGAGCGAGUCAGGCGAACAGCGACAGAUAGCAGACUUCAAAUCACCUCUCAAUUUGUCGAAGCGAUUCGUCACUUACGGUGGUAUGGAUGGCAAAACCAUUGGCUUCAGCAAGUUAUGGAAGCUCGGCAACACGAACUGAAUAUUCGUAUCGUGACCAGUCUAUGGAGUAUUUUGAUUCGCUUUGUCAAUGCUUUUGCUAGUGGUGUUUUCCCAGUUGUUGCGCUGUACGCGUACACUUUUUUGGCUGGGCGUGAGUUGCGGAUUGAUAUCAUCUUCCCUGCAUUGCAGUUGUUCACGAUGCUGGAAUCUCGCCUGCGAGACAUCCCCGGACUUAUCACAUCGCUUAUCAAUGCAUUUAUUGCUCUAGGACGCAUUGAAGAUUUCAUGUCAGAGCCGGAUAAAGAAAGAGUGCCUUCUGAGCAGUUGGACACCACUCCCAUUUCAAUGCAGUCAUGCUCUUUUUCUUGGCCCGGGAAAGCUUCACCUGUUCUAAUUGACCUCAACAUUACUAUUCCUCGGGGAUUGACUGUUGUUACCGGAAAGGUUGGAGCAGGAAAGACUGCGCUCUUACAGGCUCUUCUAGGAGAGCUUGACAAACUCAAAGGGUCAUCCUAUAUCACGAACGAAAUGGUAGGAUACUGUGCUCAGACACCAUGGCUGCAAAGCAUGAGCAUCCGUGACAACAUUCUGUUUUCCGCUCCCUACCAUGAUCAACGCUACAAGAAAACAUUGGAAGCAUGUGCCUUACUUCCUGAUCUCGCUCAAUUCAAACACGGAGAUUUGUCUUUUGUUGGGGAAAAUGGUAUCGGUCUUUCUGGUGGGCAGAAGGCAAGAGUGGCUCUGGCGCGGGCUGUUUACAGUGCAUCCCGUAUUCUGCUUUUGGAUGAUCCCCUAUCCGCACUUGAUCACAAUACGGCUGAGUUAAUAGUGCGCAGGUGUCUCUUAGGGCCGUUGUUGAAAGAUCGCACUGUUGUUCUUGUGACGCAUCGCACCGCAUUGGUUCGCCAGAUUGCAGAUCAGAUUGUCGAUAUUCGAGACGGACAUGCGACUGUUUAUGAUAAAGAGGCACUCCGGGCAGACGGCAUUGAAUCUUCACUGCAGUUUUCUGACUCUGAAAGUGAUACAGAAACAGAACCAACAGCGGACGAAGAGACCGCUGCAGUUCCUGAUAAAUUUAUCGAGGAUGAGCACCGUGCUGAAGGAGGUGUCAAGGCUCGCGUAUAUUGGAACUAUAUCAGGGCCGGAAAAUACAGAUGGUGGCUUGCUCUCGUCCUGGUUCUAGCCAUAUACCGAUUGCUGGCCGUUGGGCAAUCCUGGUUCCUCAAAGGAUGGGGAGAGGCUUAUGAGCAGUCCGCCGUAUUCAGCACAAGCUCUUUCGGUUUUGACGGUAGAUAUCCCCAAAGCUCAUCCUUGGUGUCAACAUCAAAGAUAGACACAUUUUUCAUGCCUCAGAAUCCGAUGAUCCGACUUCCGUCUCCGCGCGAGGAUGUGCGUCCAUGGCUACGGGCCUUCUUUGGCAUCAUAUGUUUCCAAGCAGCGACGCUGCUCAUUGCUCAACUGCUCAUGCUGGUCAUCGUCUACUGCGCCGGGCAGUCGUUGUUCCGGCAAGUCCUUGUUCGUGUCAGCCACGCGACCUUCCGAUACCUGGAUACAAUCCCUCUUGGACGCCUGAUGAACCGUCUAACCUCUGAUAUUGGGGUCGUGGACGGCAACAUCAGUGAGCAGUUCCAAGUGAUCGCAUUCCAAGUCAUCACCUGGGUGUCAUCCGUGUUGGUAAUCGCAACUGCAACGCCAAUUUUCCUAACAUUCUCCCUCGCUCUUACAGUGGCAUUCGUUUUAGUCUUUUUGCGCUUCCUUCCAACCUCACAAAGUCUCCGCAGACUCGAAAUGGUCUCCCUAAGCCCACUAAUAUCCAACUUCGGCGAGCUACUCCACGGUCUAACAACCGUCCGAGCUUUCCACGCAGAAUCACGCUUCCAAGAUCGAGUCAUGUCCGUCGUUGACAAAUUCCAAGGGAUGGAUCAUUUCUAUUGGUCCCUACAAAGCUGGUUGAUGUACCGUUUCGAGGGCCUCUCCGCAAUUUCAACAUUUUGCCUCACAGCUCUGGCUCUAUACACCAAUACCUCACCAGGUCUAGUGGCAUUCGUACUCAUAGCCGCCAACAACUUUGUUGAAUCAACUCACUCCCUAUGCAAGCAAUACGGUCAACUCCAAAUGGAUUUUGUAUCUGUCGAGCGAAUCGACGAGCUUCUUCACAUCGAAGAGGAAACACCAGGAACGACCAACCCGCCAGCAUCGUGGCCAAAAUACAGCAGCGACAUCAUUUUCGAGAGCGCCACUUUCCGAUACGCACCCCAUCUCGAUCCCUCCCUCAAGGACAUAUCCCUCCGCAUUCCCGGCGGCUCAACAACCGCCGUCAUCGGCCGUACAGGAAGCGGCAAAUCAACACUGGCUAUGUCCCUCCUCAGCGUUAUAAGACCCGAGUCCGGCCGCAUCCUCGUCGACGGUCUGAACAUAGCAGAUGUCAAUACCCAAGCCCUCCGCACGCGCGUUACCUUCGUCGCACAGGAUCCAGUGCUGUUUCCCGGCAGCAUUCGACUUAAUCUAGAUCCCACAAGCGAAUACUCCGAUGAGCAAUGUACGGACAUCCUACAGCGUCUGUGUAGUCGACAUGGUUGGCAUCUCGAUACAUACAUUGAAGGCGGAGGUCGGAAUCUAAGCCAGGGUCAGCGUCAACUUAUCGCGCUCACGCGGGCUGUUCUGCGACGGAGCGCAAUUGUCAUUUUGGAUGAAGCGACGGCGUCUGUUGAUCAGGAGACUUCGCUUGAGAUUCAGCAGAUUAUUCGGGAGGAGUUGCACCUCUCGACUGUCAUCACUAUUGCGCAUCGGAUUGAGGCGGUGAAGGAUGCGGAUUACUUUGUGGUUUUGGAUCAGGGUCGUGUUUCGAGACAGGGACAUGUACGGGAUCUCGAGAUGUGA